UACGCGGUGGCGUAUCUGCUCGUCGCCACGGUGUUGAUCCUGGCGAAUAAGCACCUGAUCACGGAGACGUCGUUCAACUGCCCGGUGUUCGUGAGCUCGCUGGGGAGCUGGUUCGGCUGGGGGGUCGCGGCGGCGGCGAUAAAACUCGACCCGAAGCGCAUGUCGCACCGGUUGAGCGCGAGGGAGUGGACGGCGAACAUACUGCCGAUCGGGUUUUGCACCGCGCUGUCGCUCGCGGCGGCGAACGUGGCGUAUUCGUAUUUGUCGCUGUCGUUUAUUCAGAUGCUCAAGGCGUUCGCGCCGGUGGUGUGCUAUUUCACUUUGGUGGCGUUCGGUUUAGACCGAUGGAGCGGCAGAAUCAUCGCCACGUUGAGCGUGGUGAUGAUAGGAUGUUUCAUCGCGGCGUGGGGAGAGGCGCACGUGACGAUGUUUGGUUUGGCGUGCAUGCUGACGGCGGAAAUCGCCGAGGCGUUUAGGAGCGUCGGGAUUCAAUACUUGAUCAGCAACAAAAAGUUUUCGCUGUUCAACGGGAUGUAUUACUUCUCCCCGGCGACGUUAGUGUUUUUGAUGGCGUUGAGCUUGAUUUUCGAGCGCGAGGAAUUGUUUCGCACCGAAAAUAUCGCCACGUUUACCCGGUAUUGGUACCUAUUCUUUAUUUGCGCGACGUUCGGCUUCGCCGUCAAUUACGUCUGCCUCGGCGUCGUCAAACACGCGGGAUCGCUCAUGGUGAAGACGAUGUCACAAUUGAAGAACGUUGCCGUCAUCGGCGCCGCCAUGUUCUUAUACGGCGACGAGGUGAGCGUCACCGAAAUCGUCGGCUACGCCGUCGCCACCGCCGGUUUCGUCGCCUUCAAUCACGCCAAG